AUGCAGCUCUUGAUCCUGGUCCUGCUCCCCAUGGCCUUUCUCCUGCCCCCUGGGGCUGAGGCUGGUGAGAUCAUCGGAGGCUGGGAAGCCCAGCCCCACUCCAGGCCAUACAUGGCCUGUCUGGAUAUACGUCGCGGAGACAAGAGGUCUCACUGUGGAGGGUUCCUGGUGUCAGAGAACUUUGUGCUGACGGCCGUUCACUGCCAGGGAGAUGAGAUCACUGUCAAGCUGGGAGCCCAUAACAUUAGCAAACAGGAACAGAGCCAACAAGAGAUCCUGCGUCGCCAGAUUCCCCACCCGCAAUACAACAGUGAGAACAUUAACAAUGACAUCAUGCUGCUGCAGGGUGAUUCCGGUGGGCCCCUGGUGUGCAAUGGGGUGGUCCAGGGCAUUGUUUCCAAUGGAGAUCCGGACGGACGCCCCCCCAGCAUAUACACAAGAAUCUCCAAAUUCAUCCCCUGGAUCAACGAAACUCUGCAGAAGCUGAGUUAAAGGAGACGCUCCCCUUUAAAGGGCAAAUAUUGCCAUCCUGGGCAAUGUGCCUGUGUGGAACCCCGCGGUGCUUUAGAUCAGAGUAUUUUUUCCUAGUGUUAGAGAAAUGCUACGAAUGGCUCAGUCCUGAAAUCCUUUUGUGGCUAGAAAUACCCCAUCGAUGUUUGAAAUUUCAUUCUAUGUUUUUUUCACCCCAUGUGGCUAGUCAAUGUUUGGGACCCUGCGGGUGUUCCAGUUGGAAGCAGAAAUUGACGAUGGAGUCUGGUAUUUCCUUUGCUGUGAUCUAUUUAUUUACAAGGAAUAUCCCAAGUCCUCUUGCCCUGAACACAGUUGGAAUCAAACAGCAGCAGACAGCAGCUCUGUUCACUGUCCCAAGCCUGCAUCUCCAGCCUGCAUCUCCAUCUCUGUGCCCAAAAACCUUCUUCUCUUAGCUGUCUCUCAGGGCCAUAUUUCUUUGCUUCCAGGUUGUUUCUGCCUGGCUUUUUACUUUGCGUCUGACUUGCUUCUGUCCCCGUGUCUCUCCAUUUGUGUUGUGUCUGUCCGAUCCGAAUGCCCCAUUACUCCCAGAACAAUAUUUGGUGAAAAUCUUUUUCCUGAGUCAUUAGAAUUCCCCAAUGUGUACAGGGUUUUACUUCAGCCGACGGGAUUCUGGAGCAAGGGUAGAAUUUUUUUCUAUUGAAUUUUAUAGACCCUCUACAAAUGCUGAUCAUUUUUAUACCUAAUCCAUUCUUCAGGAGUUUUCCACCAUCAAAAUUCCUAGCUGCAGCGUGUCAUUGGCUGACUUAAAAACUUUCUUUCAUCCAACCAGAGAGCAGGAAUGGGGCCAUGUGGCUUAGGUGGGCAACCUAUCACCACGAAGCAUGGCGAGUCAAAUUAAACAGCCCAUGACAAUAGAGCAUUGAAACAAUUGCAUGAAAACAUAUGAAAUUUUGAAUGUUUUGUUUCGCACAGUUUGAGCCAGACCUGACUUUUAUUUGUUUUCAGUAUUUCCUUUUCUUUUUUCCUCUCCCCACCCCACAAAUAUUUAAUUAUUUAUUAUAUAUUACCUGAUACUAACUGGAGGUUGGUAAAAUCAAAAUCCUGGGAACCUGGAAAGCAUAGAUUGGGACAAAAUGAAGAAUUGUGUAUUUCCAAAUAUUUGGAAAAUAUUGAAAACGGAUGGUUGUUUGAGGGGAAAAAAGCCAUUUUUGAAUAAAAACAGUCUUGUUUGAACAA